UUUUUUUUUCCUUCCAUUUUUCCCUUUCUCAAUCUCACCAGUCAUCUUAUCAUUCGGUUAUCACGAUGACUGGGUGGAGAGCGUAAUUAAUUCCGAAAUUAUUUAUAAUUUUUAAUCAUGACUGGAGAUCCACGAUGCAGUUCCUCUAAUUUGCUUCGUUCUGGAUCGCUCCGCAUUGUUCAUGAGAUGAGGGGUCUUGAUGGUACUUUGGAAUUUCAAGGAGAUAGGAUACAUCAAUAAGACCUCUUCUUACGAAGUUACACUGCUGUGAGCAUAACUUUAAUCCUGAAUAUUAGGAUCUGAUACGGUUCCAUGACUAAUCAGCACAAAGAUGUUUGAAUAUGAAAAAUGAAAAUCCCCGGAUUCAGUAGAUAAACUACGGAUGUAAGAUUUAAGGGGGUAUAUUACUGAAUAAUUGGUGUAAAUUAACACUAUUUGGUAUUCAAUUAAGUCUACACCAUUUCCGGUGUGGAAUUGCUGCAUUAAAAUUACGCUGCACCAUCGAAUAUUUGAAAAAAAAAUCCCCAGAUAAUAUCGUGCCAAAUUUUCGGCCAAAAGUCCAACCCCUUUACCACGUCGAAAUCGGAAAAAUUCAAUUGGAGCGAUAACAAAGCCCGUUUAGCAACAAAAUGCGCACUUCCUUUGCUCCAAUUGUUGCCAUUGUUAAUUGGAAUUUGAAAUACUUCCCCGUCCGGUGCUGCCGCCGGCGCACCACAUAUUCAACUAAUCUACUCUCAUUCAGUCCCGCAAGAUGGCGGAGCGCGUGCUGACACAUCCGUGUUUUUGAUUAUGCCACCGCACAAUUGACAGUAUUUUCAUUUGAUAUAUAUUCCCAACAACCGAAUCACCUGUUCAAUUAAUUAAUCACUAACGCGAAUAUCUCGGAAUACCUCGGGUAGUGUAUUAUGAUCGUUAAGUGAUAGCAUUUUCAAUUGCCCUAUAUUCGAUUGGAGAACGAUCGCCUGUCAAUUUGAUCAUUAGUGGUUUGUCAUUGCGAUCGUUUCGAAAAUGGGAGAAUCGGAGAAGCCAUUCGCCUGUCCCUCCCCAGGCUGUAACAUGAGCUUUACGAAUGAGGAUCAUCUGGUGGUUCACAGGAAAAAACACGAUAUGAUAUUGAAUUUGGGCAGCAAUAAAACUGGUGUAUUUGUUGCUGAUCAAACUCCCACACCAACACGAUUCAUCAGGAACUGUGAGGAAAUGGGUUUAUUCCAAGAUCUACAGAACGUUAAUCCGUUCGAGGAGACAUUCAGAAGAGCUGUAGAGUCCGGGAAACUUGGAUCGUUACCAGAAUCCGAGAUUGUUCAAAGUGACGAUACAUUGCACACUCCUCACGUUUUCCCACACAUCGAGAAUGAUGAUUCCUCGGGACACAGGAAAAUACCUCCAGACACCCCUGAUAACCCUUGUGAAAUAUCGAAAAAUGUCACGAGCACGACCAUGAUUACUAAAACGACUGAGACUGUUGUCAUCCAGGAGGCUGAUACCUCUGUUCCACCUCUCAUAGCAGCGCCAUCGAGCAGUCUAUCAAUAAACGGUGAGCAAGUUCAACUUAUACUGAAAAUGGACGAUGGUAAAUUGAUGCCACUGUCAGCAAUUCCUGUUUGUGGUUCAAACAGUGUCCCUGAGAUUACGAGUCAGCCUAUGAAACCACAGACAAUCGUUAUAAAAACGAAUUCUCCGGUUAAAUGCCCACAAACUGCAGAUGUGAAGAAGGGGAGACUGUCUCUGGCAAAAAUGAAAUUGAAACAGGUACUUUCGAAAAAUGAGUCUUCCUCCCUGCUGGAAAAUCCGGACGAAAACCAAAAUUUGGGAGAGUCCCUUCGAACAACUAAACCCCAAGAUCUCCACAAAAAACAAGACAUACUGGCUAGAAAUCGUGCCAGUUCUAUGCGAGCCCGUGCGAAACGAAAGCAGUGGGUCCAACAGCUUCAGAAAUCCUUACACAAUGCCAACGAGUUGAAUGGAGCUCUCCAGUUAGAGAUAAAAUCCCUUCGUUCUGAAGUUGCGAAUCUCAAGACACUCCUCUUAGGCCACAAAGACUGUCCCAUCACGAAGGCUAUGGAGAAAGCCACGGACGUCAUUGUAGACCCCCAGGUGAUUUCAGUAAUUCCUCAUUUCCUGCAUGCAUCUCCAAUCCCUCUGACCUCGCCAGGGCCUCCAGCAAAGCGAAAAAACUCGAACGAACCUGCAAAACCUGCAAAACGAAAACCAUCAAAACUCAACCAGAACCAAUCGAUUAUCCUUCCAAAAGUUGACGAGAAAAAUCUACCAUUCUGCGUGACGAAGCUUAUACGAAAUCCCUCUGAGCCACUGAAGGUCAUGGAGUUUUCUCAGAUCCAUGAGAAGAGGCCCAAGUCAAUCCUCAUUUUGCAGAAUUCCUCCUUCCGAAAAGCUCAGUCCGUCAACUCUCGUCAGAUUAUCCAGGUAGAUCAGAGCCUGCAAUUGAUGAAUGUCGCUUCGAAGAUCACAGGAACAUAAUUCUAAAGAAGCUUAUCUUCUCCAAGAAAAACUAACUGCACUGCUUCAACUUCAACAAGUGUUUUCUGUGAGUAAAAAUGAAUUCUCAUGAAAAGUUGACUAUUUUGUUCUGUUUUAUUCGAGACGUAAAUACGUUGAAGUCAAACAGUUAUCCAGAAGCAGAUACAUCGUAAAGUGGACGACGCUGAGUGAAAUCCAUCGUUGUCAGCUGGAUAAAACUUUGUUGUCAUUUGUCACCAAGUAUUAUGUAUUUUCUAGUUCAUUAUAUUUUCUAUGUUAAUUGCACCGGGGAGUGCAUGUUCUAUUAAAUAUGUUAUUUAUGCCAGA